CUGUGCAGUGUGGGCAUGUGGGUGGAGGUAGAAAGGAUACUGCCCUACUUACACCAUCAACUUAGUGCAGUCACGCAAAAAACUUCAUUUUAAAAGGAAAAACCACCUACUGCAAUUCCUUCUUGCAUUUUUCAAGUUGUCACCCUUGGAAACAGAAGAGGUCGAUCGUGAAGGGACAACUAGUGAGGGCAGCCCAUAUGUGCAGCACCGAUGAAGCCUUCAAAAAAGAAUGUGCCUUACUUAAAGACUUCUUCUUAAACAUAGGAUACCCGGUAGACUUGGUCAUUGAUUUGACUGUGGAAGUCUCCUCUAAACGCUUGGAGGGUUUUCUUACACCUCUUCUCUCCUCUAGAUCUCCCCCCUCGCCAAGUGGAAGACCAUUAGACACAUUGGAUCCAUUGCCUUUGGACCCAUCUUGUGGGCAGGAUACUAUUGUCGUGGACACCAAUAAGGACCCUGACUUCUCGGCCAGUUUUAUUACUGCCUUCAACACAAAUUCAAGGUAUAUUUGUUCCAUUAUGAGGAAGAACUGUUUUUUUAUCAUGAAUUCGGGGCUACACGAUAGGCUAGGUUUAUCUCCUAUCUUCACGUAUAGGAGGGGUAAUAACCUUAAAGAUAUUUUACAGAGAAAUACGAAAUGUGAUCACUUGACGAGAAUAAAGGGCACAUCUACUUGUGGGUGUUGCAAAUGGUGCAGAUACCUGCGAGUAGGUAACUCUUUCAUCAUUGGGGAGAGGAAAUAUUUCAUCAAUCACAAAAUUAAUUGUAAAACGAAGGCCAUAGUAUACGUAGCUUUUUGCCAAUGCUGCGCAGCUUUUUAUGUUGGUAAAACGGAUAGACGCUUCUGUGACCAUAUAUACCAACACAUCUACGCUAUCAACAAUAAGAAAAGCGACAACGCAUUGUCAAAACAUAUUCUUAACAGCGGCCACAGCUUUCUGUUUAUGGGCAUUGACCAUAUCAGCAUGGAUAUCAGAGGUGGCCCACAAUCUCUCAUUGUUGAGACCCGUGAGCUCGAAUGGCAACUCCAACUGGACGCCUUUUCAUUUCCUGGGCUAAACGAAAACUGUAAUAUUGCUGCUAUUCUUAAAUAUAAGAGCUACCUUAGAUAAUACUUUUUUACUCUUAGUGGCGUACCAACCUAUCCCAUUGGUCAACUCCAAGGACAGUGAAUAAUGUUGCAUAUAUUGCUUUGCUAGGGUUAAGCCCAUUGAAUGUUCUAUUCCAUCUAUAGUUUAAAGUAAUAGCAACUUUAACAUAUUGAUUUCCUUUGAUGUGUAGCUUUUUUCAUAUUGCUUGCUCCUGUUGGUGACCCGAUGCA